AUCAAUCAGCUUUCGCCACUCUUCAACUCCACCACUUCAAACCAACCACCACCAACCAACAAAAUGCUUUACGGAAGCCAGUACAACACGGUCGAGGACCUCCCAGGCGCCAAGUUCGCCGACACACUCAAGGCCAUCUUCUCCCACAACAAGACCAGCGCCUCCGACAAAGCCAGCAAGGAGGAGCGCCAGUCUCGUGCUACAUCAAAGGCUAGCACACCAGCUGCCUCCACACAAGCUUCUCGAUCAGCAUCUGUCUCUUCGCAUGUGAGCAGGAAGCUCUAUCAAGGUGGUUACUACCCUUGCUAGAUGAUGGAAGAAAUGGAGUUUUCGGGGGCGUUCUCUUUGAGUUGGAGAUAGGGAGGGAUGGAGUCUUAGCGAUGGAUGGAUACCCACAAUACCCAUUUGUUUCGUUGCAUGCAUUGCGUGGCAUGGGAGAUAGAGAUAGAGUCACCAUCGAAUGAAACUUUAAAUCAUCAUUU